GGAACAACGUUAGACGUAGAUUGACGAUUGACAUUUAUUGUUGUUGGUCUCAACUUCUGAUACUGUUUACGUUGAUCGUGCUUUUGUAAAGUUAUAAUACAGUACAGGUACUUAUAUCAAUUAAUUGAGAUAUUAAGUGUAUUGUUAGCAUAAUGCUAUAACUCAGUGACAAUGUUUGUGAUAAAAUAGAGAAUCUUGAUGUACAUUGCAAAUUGAAAGAAAUUAUAAUAAUUUAAGCAAUCUAGUUGUGCAAUAUCACCUGGGAUACUCAUGUUCUCAAUUUGACUAGGAAUAAGCUAUCAGGUUCUCAAGUGACAAAAUGAAGUAUGGAUUGAGUAAAACAAACCCACCUCCAGAGGAGGAUGAACGAUGGAAAACUGUAAUGAAAAACAGUAUAGACUUUCUCAAAUUUGAGAUAGGUCUCUUGAAACUAGAACUUCAAAAAAGCAAACUGAAAAUAGAAGAGCUCACUCCCAAUUAUCCAGGUUUUCAGAAUUACGGCUUCCACCACCGAGCACCUUUUCAAGUUACAAAUGCAUGGCCUCAAAAACCAUCAAUUGACAUCAGACCUUCUUGUUUCCAAAAUGAUGGCACCUACAACACCGAUCAAAACCAAUUCAAUGCAUUUUCCUCGACCCCAAGUGAGUGGCCUUCAAAACCAACUGUUGGUUGCAGACCUUCAUCAGGGUGGCAGUAUCCUACAUGCGGAACCAAAUCUGCGCCAUACCAGACUACAUGUUGCAAUGAAUUUUCAAACUUCAAAGAUACUAAUCAGCGUUACAUGUGCAUCACAGCUAUGGAACAGUACAAGAACAAGUCACUGGAAGAGUUGCGUUACGAAGAUUAUAUCGCCAGAGAUGGUUUAAAGUCACAUCAAUUUAUUGGAAGAAAUGCAAACUAUGAUCCAUCAGUGACAGCUUCAUCAGGCUCCAAUGCCUUCGCAAAUCCAAGAUCUUGCUUUGGCCCGCAAGUGGCAGAAUCAACAGGUUACAAUCCUUUUGCAAGUCAAAGAUCUUGCUUUGGCCCACAAGUAAUAGGACCAACAGGCUCCAAUAUCUUCUAUUCAAAUCCCAGAUCUUCCUUUGGUCCGCAAGUGGCAGCAUCAACAGGUUACAAUCCUUUUGCAAAUCAAAGAUCUUGCUUUGGCCCACAAGUGAUAGGACCAACAGACUCCAAUAUCUUCUAUCCAAAUCCCAAAUCUUCCUUUGGUCCACAAGUGGCAGCAUCAACAGGUUCCAAUCCCUUUGCAAAUCAAAGAUCUUGCUUUGGCCCACAAGUGAUAGGACCAACAGGCUCCAAUAUCUUCACAAAUCCCAGAUCUUCCUUUGGCCCGCAAGUGGCAUCAUCAACAGGUUCCAAUCCUUUUGCAGAUCCAAGAUCUUGCUUUGGCCCACGAAUAUCAUCAACAACAGGCAUGAAUUGCUUCAGUGACCAGUCACAGAACUCGGAUGGAGCGGGAACCAAUUCAAAACAAACAAUUUUUCACGGCUUUCAAAAUGGAUCCAUUAAAAAGCCCAAGAUAGUUGACAAACCUGAUUGUUUCGAAAGCUUGAUACAGAAAGAGGUAAUCAGCCAAAUGAUCUCAAAACUGAAUAAGAUGGACAAAUAUUUUCAAACCAUUAACACCCGACUUACAUCAAUGGAAAGUCACUUGGACGAUGUGAGUUCAAAUAUGUCCAUAAUGGUAUCCCAUAUGUCGGCAAUCGACAUGCACGUAGCGAUGCAGAAAGUUGAUAAGAAAUGGAAAGGUUUAAAAACCUGCCUUGCAAACCUUGAGGCUUCCCCACAGGAUCAGGCAGUAGAGAGACUUACCUUCCAUUGUCCUGCUGAUCUACUCAAAGAAAAGGUUAAGACAUCUACAGCCUUGGAGAGUGACCCUAUAGAAGACAUGUCUGUUUUGUCAAGCACUUUGAGUGCUUCCAAAGUUGAUGCAACUGAAAAAGAAGAAAUGUUACCCAUUGACAACUCUUCAAAUACAGAAUCUAAGUUAGAUUCAAAAAGCUACUCAAAUUUAUUCAAAUUUAAUCCAAGUUUUGGAGACCUUUGUUAUGUGAAACCUGUUUCUUACUCUCUUUUUGAAAGAGGAUCAUCCCAAAACAACCAAGGUGGUGCGUUAUUGUUUGGAUGCACUCCUACUAAAAGAAGUGAUUCAAGAAUGGAUAUAAGUUCUAAUAGCUUCAGUCCACUCAGCAUUGACAAAAGUGAAAAAGCAAAAGAUAUCAAUCAAAAACAAGAAGAGACUAAUUCAAAGUCUGCUCUUGAGGCCGCAAAUGUGAGUGGAUCAAAGGAUUCAACAGAAUGUUCAGUUGCAGGAGAACAAGGAUGUUCUAUAUCUUGUAUUGAUGAGCAGGAUAGUUCUAGGGAAUCCCAAGGUAUUAUUUUAGAACAAAAAGAGAAUCUGAUCACUUCUAAGCCAUCAGAAAGUGUUACCUCAGGAGUAUCAAGAAACUUGUUAGAAACAAAAAGUAACAAUGGACAUGAUCUAUUUAUUACAUUCAGUGCACCAGAUUUUAACAAUCCUAAAGCACCAGAAAACGUGUCUUUUGAAAACGUUACUUCAUCUUCAGGACUUGCUACAUACAAUAGUAUUAGUGCGAGUAACCAAAUUCCUCUUGAGACCUUACCAGAGAAUAAAUGUACAGACAAACAAGGAACUACUUGUGGAUAUCAGACAGAAGAUGUUAAAACUAUUAAAUUUAUAGAAAUGGACAGUCUUUCCUUCAGUGUAAUUAAACCUAAGGAUCUGAGCACUCCAAAGUCACUUGGAGAGACUGUAGUAGUCACUACUAAUACAAAUAACAACCAAAGGCCUAAUGUUCUCAUUGACCCAACAGAGAAUUUGAAGAUGUCAGAAGGGUCAAACAGCCCUUCCAAUGUAACAAGAGUUUUUGAAACUUGCAGUCAGUAUAACAUUCUGACUGAUAGUUCUAAAGAAAAUGAAACCAAAACUGAGAAAAUGGCAGCAGUAGAAGAUCAGAGCAAUUGUUUAAUCAAUGGAGAGAAUGAAAGUGAUGAAGAAAAUGGCUUUGUGAUCGUUGGAAAUGAACAGUGUUCCGUUUUGUCUGAAGCUUCAACAAACAAAAGUACAUCUUUCAAGGCUUUUAACGAUAUAACAGAAUACUUGGAAAUCAACCUUGGAAAAAAGAAGGAUGUUGUGUAUGAAUUUGGCUUUGAAGUUAAACUGGACAGUCCAACUUUGGGGUCAACAUUAGAAACUUCAGUGAGAGAAGGGGAUGUGAACAACGCGCAUGGAGAUAACAGGGAAAAAGAUGAUUCGUUUAAUGCAUUUACUAGUAAUUUUAUAGCCAACUGUUCGGAAAAACAAAGCUCUCCUUUUCCAAAAGAGAGCAUAGGAUUUGGUGGUAAUAUAAAAAAGAAAGAAGAGCCAUUCAAUACAUUUAUAAGCCAUUUUGGUACCAAUUCGAAAGAACAAAGUUCUCCUGCUACAAAUGAACAAGAUAAAUAAAAGAUGAUUAACAAAAAUAAUCAACCUUCUUAAUUUUAAGAAAUUUAAGUUUUGUUCAGAAGUUAUUUUCUUCAGAAGAAAAUGCGUGUUUAACAUUGUUAUCAAACAUGUAUUAAAUAUUUAUUUUUUCUAUCCAGAAUGAUGGCUUUUUAAUUAGUCAACUCUAGCUGUGUAAAAGUUUUUUAUCUCUGUUUUUUUAACAAGGCCUGCUAAAAUAUUUAAAUUUCUGUGCUAUAACUUGCAAUAUUGAACCUCAUUUGAGGUAAUUAUUGAAAAGUUGAACUUGAAUAUGUAUUUAUAGCUCCAAAUGGGCAGUGUUAAUCCGAAUAUUUGUUUACUCGAGGCAAUAAGAUUAUUAAAAUAUUCAGAUUGCCAAUGAAACACCAAUAAAACAUCUGAAACACUCUAAAAUUAAUUCACUCAGUCAUAACAUUAAAAUCUACAAAUAUCGAUUGAUUGUGGCUGAAGGUGGUUGGAGUAGUAUAGUGUUCGGAUUAACGCAGCCAGCCUGUAUGUAUGUGUUUAAUUGUGUAAUUAAUUGUAAGUUCCUGUUUUGUAUCUACUAAGUUUUUCAAUACACUAUACCAAAGUAUAAAUACAAGUUUUGAUAUUGCAAUCACUUUAUCUAAUUUGAAUGUACUGGAAACAUUGUAAUUGUAUUUGCUAUUCUUGCAAAGGAAAAAUAUAUAAUAAUUUGUAAAAUGUUGGUUAUAAGAUAUUUCUAAUAGAUCGUUUAAGAUAAUAGGCAAACGGAACUGUCUAAUCAGAUCCUAUUACUAAAGGUAGUACACAGAAUGUGUAAUCUCUGAAGGUACAUGAUUCAUGUAUAUUUGUGAACAAGUGAAUACCUUUGUAUAGUAUGUUUCUCCCCGCUAUACGAACAUGAAACAUUUUCUCAAUGGAAUCAUCUGGGAAUCUUAUGUACAGCUUUUAGUGUUUUUGUCGUGGUUGAUUUAAUUGUGCUGCUUUGGAUUUUUGUUUCCUGCAUGGAGUCCAUUACAAUUUUGAUAACAACUUUGAGAAAAUGUCAAGUGUAAUAAUUAUUUUUCUUCCAUCAAAGUAGGUGGAGUGUUGAACCUUCAUUCCAUCUCACAACGAUACCUCGAUCAUGCCUUCACUGCGGUAUUAUAAUGAGUGAGACUGGUUACUCUUAAUCUGGCUCUGCACCGUAAGGCAUCUGCCGUAGUUUAUGUUUGAAUAUGAGUAAUCGCUUCUCAUCAAUGACUAAUUACAUUGAUUUUAAUGCUAAAAUUUAAAACUGUGAAAAUACAAAUGUAUUGUUACAAGCCAAUGUAUGUAAUGAAUUUUUUACAAAGUUAUAUUAAAAAGUAAAAAUGAUAACCAACAAUUACAAUUGUUUGGUGUAAAUGUAGUUCACUUGAUAGCAAUUCACUAAUAUCUUUCUCUCUAUAGUUUGUUUGGCCUUGUUCUUUAUUUGUCAUUAUUGUUUUUACUGUUUUGUUUCUGUUCAUCUAUUACUUUGUGAUCUUGCGAGUACUUGUUAAGUUGUUUUUAUUUGUUCUUUUAUGAAAUAUUUAGAUGAUAAAGUAAAUAUCAUUAUGUUAAGUUAUGAAACUUGUUUUAUUACAUUUAACAUGUGAGCACACUCAAAUUCUUUUAGUGCAAGUGCACAGCAGUACACAAUGUGUAAAGUUUUAAUUUUUUGAUACGUUUUAAAAAUACAUUAAUGUAGCUCAUAGUUGUGCCCUGUCAAUAAAUUACCACAGUCUUUAAUAGUGCUGUAAUUAUCUGUGUCAUGUUUUAUGAUAUUAAUAGUAUUCUAAAAUGUGUUCAUCUAACACCUGAAGAGAACACGGCUGCAAUCUGCAUUCAUGUCAGCAAACAAGAGGUGUUACCACACACUCUAGCAGUCAUUUCAUACGGUGGGAUACUUGUCUAGCUCCCUACUGACCGUUUGCGACUAUAAGUUGCAACAUUUGCCAUUUACAUGUGCUCACGUGUUAAAAAACCUUUGAAGACAGGAUAUGUCUGUAACAAAGACUUUUUGUAAAUAUUGUCAGUACAAUAUUGGUAGUAAAUAAACAUUUAUAAUAUUUAUUA